AUGCUCACGCCGACUCUGGCGUUUGUUUCCGUGCCAUGCGACAAUCUCCGUAUAACGGGUCACUUUGAGCGAGAAUUGCAACCUCUACUGAAGCGGCUAGACAUUCCACAGACAACCAGUGAUCGAGUCAUCGUCCCUUGCCUCGCUCAACAGCUGCCCUCCAUUCUCCAGAGAUUCCCUGAUGUUGUCAUUCUCAAACUUGCGGCAGACUGCGCCGAUGCCCAAGCAUCUAUGCGGACUAUCACCAUCCGGCCAGAGCUAGGAUUCAAAUACCACCUGAAGCUCUCAUUGGCUUGUCAUAUCACCGGUGCUCUGCGAACAAUCACACCUUGGACAGCCUGUGGUGGCCCAGUUCAAACGGAACUCCUGGAGAAGUUCCUUCCAGACGACCUCUGGGUAUUCAGAGAGGUAGCAGCUGUCUCAGGCAGUCAAAAAGAUUUCAACGAGGCGCGCCACCUGGCUUGUAUCCUGCGGGAUACCUUGGAGAGCAGAGCACAAGCAAAUGAUGAAGUUCUUAUCAUGGCUAUGGCAUUGACCCAGAAGCCCUAUGGAGACAGUCGUACAUAUGCGGAGAUUUUGUACAACCUGGAGACGGUCGUCCAGAAGAAGGAAUGGUUCCAGAGGUAUGUCGACCCUAAUACUAGUUGUUCAUCUAUGGAAUGCAGGCUAAUUGCUAGAACAAAAGAUAUAUUACAGUCCUAUUCAGCCUUGUGCUCCCUCCACUGGUUCAGUAUGGAAUCGGGCUGGAAGGCCACGGGCAGAACCUAG